AUGUCCGUCCAGCAGCCGCCUUGGUCUCUUCCAUCAAGAAAAACGGAUGAACCUGUCUUAAAACUGUACAAUUCCCUCACAAAGACCAAGACGGAGUUCAUCCCAAGGGAUGGUCGUCGCGUAAAGUGGUACAACUGCGGUCCUACCGUCUACGAUGCAUCCCACAUGGGCCACGCGAGAAAUUAUGUUACACAGGAUAUACUGCGAAGAAUAAUGACCGAUUACUUUGGAUAUGAUGUACACUUUGUGCAAAAUGUCACCGACAUCGACGACAAGAUCAUAUUAAGAGCACGCCAGAAUCAUCUUUUUAAUAAAUUUCGUUCAGAAACCACCUCACUUUCACCCGAACUAAUCGCGCAAAUCCAAGAGGCUUGGUCAAUAUAUGUCCAUGAGAAGAUCAGCAAGGGUCUACCGGAGAGUGAGCGGCCAAGCAAUGGAGAUGAAGCAAAGUCGUGGCCUCGUUUAGCAGAUCUUUUCAAGGACAAGGCCUGGAAACAAGAAUGCUUGAAGCGAGAUGAAAAGUUCGAUAUGCAUUUCUCAGCUGCGAACAAGGCCUAUUCUGCAGUGCAAGUCGCUGAAGGACUUCUCCGCUCUAAUUGUGUGGGCCAGGACGUCACUCAUCAGUUACUUGAGGAGUCUCGUGAUAUCCUGGCUGUUUCUUUGGAUGAAAAGUAUAAAUCCACAGUCACAGAUCCGUCUAUUUUCAGGUCUCUUGCCGCCUACUGGGAAGGACAGUUUUUCAGCGACAUGGAGCGACUUCGUGUACGCGAACCAGACACUGUCACUCGUGUGACCGAGUACGUGCCCGAAGUGGUGGAUUUCGUUCACGGCAUAAUCAAAAAUGGAUACGGCUAUGAACACGAGGGAAGCGUCUAUUUUGAUACCAGUGCAUUUGAUACAUCAGAAGGACACGAUUACGCAAAGUUGGAACCAUGGAGUAAGGGAAACAGGGAAUUGCUAGAAGAGGGAGAAGGUGCUUUGUCUUCACGGACUCAGCGGUCUGCUUCCGACUUUGCUCUUUGGAAGGCAUCAAAACCUGGUGAACCUUCUUGGCCUUCCCCAUGGGGCGCAGGACGCCCUGGCUGGCACAUUGAGUGCUCUGUUAUGGCCAGUGCCGUAUUUGGAGAUAAUAUGGACAUCCACUCUGGUGGUAUAGACCUUGCAUUUCCCCAUCAUGACAACGAGAUGGCCCAAUCUGAGGCUUACCAUAAUUGUGGAUCUUGGGUUAACUAUUUCAUUCACACGGGUCAUCUACAUAUCGAAGGACUCAAAAUGAGUAAAUCUUUGAAAAAUUUCAUAACAAUUGACGAAAUUCUCCAAAGAUACACCGCUCGUCAGCUGCGCCUCGCCUUCUUGUCUCAGCUAUGGAAUGCUAAAAUUGACUUCUCCGAGUCGCUGAUGUCGGGCGAAGUGAAGAAUGUGGAAAUGACCUUAAACAACUUCUUCACUACAGUCAAGGCUCUGAUAAGUCAGUCUCGGGCAGGCGGUGAUCGGUCUGAUGGCCAACACCAUUACGAAGACGUGGAGCAAGGAUUCACCAGCAGCUUCCAUGACAGCCAAUCGGCCUUCCGUGAAGCACUUUGCGAUUCCUUCAAUACUCCGGCAGCGCUCAAUGUUCUCCGUGAACUCGUCUCACGGACCAACGUUUAUAUAAAUUCUCGCGGGAAAAAUUUAAACAUCGGCAUAGUUGAACAUGUGGCCAGCUGGGUUGGUCGAAUGCUGCGCAUGUUUGGUUUGGGCGAGGGCGAGAAGUCGGAGAUUGGAUGGGGACAGGAGGGAGAACAAGGGAUAUCCGCAAAUAGGGAAGAGAUUCUGAUGCCUUAUCUGCGUUCCUUGUCUUCCUUCCGAGAUGGCAUUCGACGACUCGCAAUAGCCAAAGGCGAUACGGCAUUGAAAGAUAUAUUAUCCCUUUGUGACAGACUUCGAGAUGAAGAUCUGGUACCAUUAGGGGUAGCUUUGGACGACCAAGAAGACGGCAAGGCUCUAGUAAAGCUUGUGCCACCUGGUGAACUAAUAAAGGCCCGAGAAGAAAAGCGAUUGCAGGCUGAAGCGAAGGCUGUGGCGAAAGCUGCCAAAGUUGAGGCAGAUCGGCAAAAGCGCAUCGCAAAACUUGAAAAGGGUCGUGUAUCUCCUGAAGAGUUCUUUAAACCGCCAAAUGUGCCAGAAGGGACGUACAGUAGCUGGAAUGAGCUAGGCAUGCCCACUGCUGACGGGGAUGGUAAGGAACUAAGCAAGAAUCAACAGAAGAAGGUACAGAAGGAGUGGGAUAUGCAGAAAAAGUUGCACGCUGAAUUCUUGCGAUGGCAAGAAGAGGGAGAACAGUGA